AUGGCGGCGGCGGCGGGAGACGGCGGCGGCGAGGGGGGCGCGGGCCUGGGCGGCGCGGUGGGGCUGGGGCUGGGGUCCGGGCUGCGCGCACCCGGCCCCGCCGCCGAGGCGCACGAGGGCACCCCGGACCCCGCGCCUGCCGCGCUACACCCGGAGGAGGUCGCCGCGCGGCUGCAGCGGAUGCGGCGGGAGCUGAGCAACCGCAGGAAAAUCCUGGUGAAAAACCUGCCCCAGGACAGCAACUGCCAGGAGGUUCAUGAUUUGCUAAAAGACUAUGAGUUAAAGUAUUGUUAUGUGGACAGAAAUAAACGAACAGCUUUUGUUACGUUAUUGAAUGGAGAACAAGCACGGAAUGCAAUUCAGACAUUUCAUCAAUAUUCAUUUCGAGGAAAAGACUUAAUAGUCCAGCUCCAGCCAACAGAUGCUUUGCUGUGUAUUACCAACCUGCCCAUUUCUUUUACAUUAGAAGAGUUUGAAGAACUUGUUCGUGCUUAUGGAAAUAUCGAGAGAUGUUUUCUGGUCUACAGUGAAGUUACUGGCCAUUCCAAAGGCUAUGGAUUUGUGGAAUACAUGAAAAAGGACUUUGCUGCAAAGGCUAGACUGGAGCUAUUGGGUAAACAGUUGGGAGCAUCAGCACUCUUUGCACAAUGGAUGGAUGUUAAUCUAUUGGCCUCAGAGCUCAUUCAUUCUAAGUGCCUUUGUAUUGAUAAACUCCCUAGUGACUACAGGGAUUCAGAAGAGCUGUUGCAAUUUUUUUCCAGUGUCCAUAAACCUGUGUUUUGCCAGCUUGCACAGGAUGAAGGUAGUUACGUUGGCGGCUUUGCAGUGGUUGAAUAUAACACGGCAGGGCAGGCUGAGGAGGUUCAGCAAGCAGCAGACGGGGUGACCAUCAAGGGAAGCAAAGUCCAGGUUUCCUUCUGUGCCCCAGGAGCACCAGGGCGAAGUACCUUAGCAGCAUUGAUAGCGGCUCAACGAGUGAUGCACAGUAAUCAAAAGGGCUUACUUCCGGAGCCAAAUCCAGUACAAAUUAUGAAAAGUUUAAACAACCCUGCCAUGUUACAAGUUCUUCUACAACCCCAGCUAUGUGGGCGAGCUGUUAAACCAGCAGUUCUCGGAACACCUCACAGCUUGCCGCAUCUGAUGAAUCCAUCCAUCUCACCUGCGUUUUUACAUUUGAAUAAAGCACAUCAGAGCUCACUCAUGGGUAAUACUUCUAAUUUAUUCCUUCAGAAUCUUUCUCGUGUAUCACCGGCACAGCAACAAUUAAUGAAGUUUGAGAAUAUUCAUACUAAUAAUAAACCUGGCUUACUUGGAGAACCCCCAGCUGUGGUACUUCAAACCGCACUAGGAAUAGGGUCAGUGCUUCCACUGAAAAAGGAAUUGGGACAUCACGGAGAAGCACAUAAAACAUCUAAUCUGAUUCCAACUCAAACAACUAUAACAGCUGGAAUGGGCAUGUUACCGUUCUUUCCAAAUCAGCACCUUGCUGGGCAAGCUGGACAAGCUGGGCACAGUAAUACUCAGGAGAAACAGCCAGCCACACUGGGAAUGGCAGAAGGAAAUUUCUCAGGGUCGCAGCCUUAUCUUCAGACCUUUCCAAAUCUUACUGCUGGAGGCUUGCUGGCAGGACACCACAAGCAGCAGCAAAGCCAGCCAAAAAGCACAGAGGCUGCCUCUAAGAAUCAGACUUCACUGUUGGGAGAACCACCAAAAGAAAUUCGACUCAGUAAAAAUCCAUACUUGAAUUUGGCAAGCGUGUUGCCCAGUGUGUGCUUAUCAUCCCCCACAAGUAAAACCACUCUUCAUAAGACUGGAAUUGCAAACAACAUUCUGGAUGCAAUCUCUCAGGGAAAUGAAUCACAACACGCAUUGGAAAAGUGCAUUGCUUAUUCUCCAGCUUUUGGUGAUUAUGCACAGGUGUCAUCUUUAAGAAAUGAAAAACGAGGCUCAUCAUAUCUCAUCUCUGCCCCAGAGGGUGGUUCAGUGGAAUUUGUGGACCAGCACUCUCAGGGCACAGGAGCAUAUUACAUGGAAACCUACUUAAAAAAGAAGACCGGGAAUAAUUUUGACACCACCAUGUAUAAAAGUUUGAAGCAAUAAAUGGGAAACAGUCUUGUUUCCUGAGCCUUAGAAGAAUGCGUUUCUCGGCUUUUGACAUCACCAUUUCUUGAAGACCUUGGUAUUAAAUGCAUGAGAAACCUUUUGCCAUCUAGAAAUUUCUAAGUUUGUUCAUUGUAGUUGUUGAUAAUAAAGAUGUGGGGUCUCAAUGACCCUAGUCUUUUCUAAAAGCAGAUCAUUAACUAUCUUGUCACUUGGGGGACUUUUUUUUGACUAUGCUAUAGCUAUCCUGUUUUAAUUAUGAAGUUUAGAAUUGGUAUAUAUGUUGUAUGCUUUGUAAAGAAUUUUACUUUGUCUAAUUUAUUGCAUAUACUCGCUUCUGUUGGAAAAGGACAGCUAGAAAGUUUAAUUUCUAAGAAGUAUACUACCUAUAAAUGGCUGGUCAAAAUUAGGCAUCACUCAGUUACACAGCAGGUGACUAAUGGCUUCCCCAUGCCCUGCACUUCUCCUUCCUGUUUCCUGUUGCACUCAGCCUCCCCCGUGCUUAGAUGCACCUCCACUAUAGUGCACACAAACAGAAGAAAGGGAAGACGGUGACUUUUACACCAGAGCUCCACAGUGGAAAAGGUUGAAAGAACUAAAGCCAAGGUGUUUGGAUUCCAGCACGUGCGGAUAUGCCCUCCAUGCUGGCCUGCGCCCCAUUGUCGUUGGACAGGACAGAGAAGCACACAUCAAGUGGUGGUAGUACUACUAAGGGCCAUUUCCAAUCUCCUCCUCCCCAAAAAAAUCUAUACUGUUAUUUUUCUAUGUAAGCAAAUUGUUUGAAAUGCUUUGAAAUUGAAAUCUUACUAUUAAAAAGACAUAUGCA